AUGGAAGAACAAUCGAGAUAUAGAAAUCGUAAAGGAGUUCUUUCUCAAAAUGUCCUUGCUGUUGUAGAUUUUGAUAUGAAAUUUCAAUACGUGCUUAGUAGUUGGGAAGGCUCUGCUUCGGAUUCUAGAGUGUUAAGAAAUGCUGUUUGGGAAAGAUCACAAAAUAGAUUGAAAAGUCCGAAUGGAAAAUAUUACAUUGUUGAUGCAGGCUAUGCAAAUACAAAGGGCUUUCUAGCACCUUAUCGUGGUGCACGAUAUCAUUUGAGAGAAUGGAGCCAAACACAAGCACCACAAAAUGCUCGUGAGCUCUAUAACUUGAGACAUUCAAAACUUCGAAAUGUCGUAGAGAGGACAUUUGUUGUUUUGAAAAAAAGAUUUCCUAUAUUAACGACUCCUCCUCCGUAUUUCAUCAAAAAACAAGGUUGGAUUGUACUAUCAUGUUGCAUACUUCAUAAUUUCAUUCGUAAGUGGAAUUGGCAGGAUUCAUAUUUUGAAGAACACAUGGAAGAGGAAAUAGAAGAUUCUCACGGUUUGAAUGAUAUUGACUCUGAUUCUAAUUCUGAUGAAGAAGACAUUGGACGAGGACCGACAGAUGCUGAUAAACAAUAUAUGUGCAAUCUGAGAGAUGAAAUAGCUCAACAAAUGUGGAAUGCUAGAGCAAUUAGGUGA